AUGUUAAGAGGACUAGGUACUCAAGAUGAUAAAGCAGUGAAAGGAAAGUUAGUUGGAUAUUUUGAGUUAGGUUAUCGUGUGCUGAUUGACGGUAAGAUUGUUUUAGCCAGAAAUGUAAAGGUUGUUGAACCAGGAAGUUAUGUGAUAGUAAGUGAAGAGAAUGAUGAAAGGAAAAAUAAGGAUUAUAAAGACAGGUUAUAUGAGAAUAAUGACAAAAUGUUUUUGGAAAGAGGCUGUUAUUAUGAGUGGAUCACCAAACACAACAGGAGGAUCUUGGUGGGUCCAUAA